GAGUGUUGUUUGGUUUUAGGGUUUUAGGUUUUCCGCUUCGUUUACAUUACGUAUGGCAGCAGCGACGUCAACGGCUUUUGGCGGCGGCGAGACUGGCGGCGGCGGUCUGGCGGCAGGGGAGAUGGAGGUGGAAGCUUACCGCCGCCUCUUCCCCCUUGCUUUCUACGAGCGCCACCUCCGCGAUUCCGUCCGCCCCGACGCCCGUCCCCUCCAUCGCGCCAGGGAUACUUCCAUCGCCCUUGGCCCUGUUGCUUCUGCCGAUGGUUCCGCCUUGGUUAAGAUUGGCGAUACGACGAUGCUGGCAGCUAUCAAACUUGAAGUUAUGACCCCAGCUACUGACGCGCCUGAUGAAGGCUCCUUAGCUAUUGAGUUCUACAUGCCUCCGAUAUGUUCACCGACUGUUAGGCCUGGGAGGCCUGCUGAGGUAGCACCUGUUAUUUCAAAACAGUUAUCAGAUACUAUAAUUAGUUCUCAGAUGAUAAACUUAAAAGAACUAUCUUUGGUUAGUGGCAAAGCUUCAUGGAUGUCCUAUCUGGACAUUUAUUGUCUCAAUGCUGAUGGUGCUCUUUUUGAUGCUGCAUUACUCUCAGCAAUUGCUGCAUUUUCUCACUUGCAAAUCCCUCUUGUUUCUCUCAAUGAUGAUGGCAAAGUAAUUACUGUUUCUGAGGAGCUACUUGAAGGAAAACCAUCGGUUGAGUUGGUUAAUAAAGAAAAGAGAAAGCUUCCGCUUCAAAGGAUCCCGUUUUCUUUGACAUGCUUGCUCCAUGAAAAGUACAUCUUGGCGGACCCAACUGCAGAGGAAGAGUCCGUUAUGGAAACUUUUGUAACUGUAGUACUUGAUUCAUUAGGGCAACUGGUGUCAAUCUAUAAACCUGGUGGGGCAGUCCUCGCUCGCAGAUCGACUGUUAAGGAGUGCAUCCGUCUCACAAAGCAAAGAAUCGACGAGCUUAAGAAUAUAUUAGAUGAAUCAGCAUCCGCAAUGGAAGUGGCCUAGUUCUGGUUUGGCAAGCUGUCAUUUGAUAUCCAUGGGACGUCAUUCAGGUAAAACUGCUCCAGUUCAUCUUCAUGUUUUUUGUCUCGAUUUCUACGUUAUUUGAAGGCUAGGAUUAAAAGCCGAAGCUAGUUAUUCUUGCACUAAUGUUUCCCCGGCACAAUUAUUAUGAACUCCAUUCAUUGAGUUUAGCAGGUUAAAAUUAGACAAUGUUAAAAUACACACUGAAAUCAUCGGGAAGAGGGGCGACCGGAAAGGGGACACCGGGACAGAUGACGAAGGCAUAUCGGAAAUAAUACAUCACUUGAAGUGUAUUUUUGUUAAAUAAUUGAAAGGGUGCCUCUUUAAAAAUUGGUAAAAUUAAGACAAAUAAAAAAAACAAAUUUCUUUGGAAUGCCUUUUAUUCA